CGUUCGAAAAAUGGCGGACAACAGAAAAAGCUUUACUCCUUCGAUUGGAGAAGUUCAUUCAACUGGUAGUGUUCCUUCGUCCACUUUUCAUUGGCAUUUAUUUAAUUAAGACACCGAGACGUUUACAGUAUUCCCAUUUCUGUUUUCACUUCAGAACUUAUGCGCGAGAAACUUGAAAGAUGGCGUCGAAUGACUGGAAGGAGGUCAGCAGCAGUUGUCAAUUCCUCGUCUGUUUACAACCGAUCACGAUCAGCUGUUUUGUUAAACAUCAAUGGGAAGAACAAGAAAGGAAAGGAAAGGUGAGGAAUGGAUCCUGCUAGCUUACAUAUACUAAUUACUUUUUUGUCUCCCUGGUUAGGCUUUGAUACCUGCAAGAUUUGUAAAAUUAGAACCGACGAAAUUAAAUUGUAAAGUGCACAUUGUGAAGAAGCUUGAAGACAUUCAAUGCAACGUCAGCUUACGCUAAUCCUACUAGCAGCUGAAAGCUUAUCCAGCUUUGUUUGGUUUAAAUUUGCUUUUAAGGAAGUUAAAACAUGUCAUUAUUUGUAUUAUGCCUGUGGGCCAGUACCCUGCGAGCAGAGGCCCUUCGAUCUUCCUAGAUAAGUCGGGAAGAGGAAUACCCUGCGAGCAGAGGCCCUUCGAUCUUCCUAGAUAAGUCGGGAAGAGGGUCCCUUCCUCUUCCCGACUUAUCUAGGAAGAUCGAAGGGCCUCUUAUCUAGAAAGAUCGAAGGGCCUCUGCUCGCAGGGUAGUGGGCCAGCAAUAGACUGCAGCAAUAGCCUGUGUUUUUCAUAAGGUUUAAAUAUUGAUGUCUCUCACACUUUCUUUGUAUUAUUUUCUGGUAUUGCAUUAGGAUUAUAAAAGGAUCACAGUCCAGUUCACAACUUAAGGUAUUAUAG